CCCCCCCCCCUUCAUCCCCAAGGCUGUUCGACACCACCAUGUCGCGGUCUUUCCCUGCGGUGUUCCGCCCCGUCUGGCGGCGGAAUUUCUCCGUCUCCACCUCCCGCCGCGCCAUCGAUAAGCUAUGCCCGUCCGCUCAGGAAGCCAUCAAGGACAUGAAGGGCUCGUCGACCGUCCUGGUCGGUGGCUUCGGCUUCGCCGGUGUGCCCACCACCCUGAUCGAUGCCGUGCGCGAUCGCCCCGAGAUCAAUGAUUUGACCGUCGUCUCCAACAACGCGGGUAUGCCCGGUGUUGGCCUGGGCCAGCUCCUCGAAAGCAAGCAGAUCAGCAAGAUGAUCGCUUCGUUUAUCGGUGAAAACAAAGUCUUCGAAAAAAUGUAUCUGACUGGUGACCUCUCUCUGGAAUUGACCCCUCAGGGCAGCAUUGCUGAAAAGUGUGCUGCCGGCGCUGCUGGUGUCCCUGCCUUCUACACUCCCUCUGCUUAUGGAACAAUCGUGCAAACUGGUGAACUCCCCGUGCGUUACAACAAGGACGGCUCCGUGGCGAUCAAGAACGCGCCCAAGGAGGUUCGCGAAUUCAACGGCAAGAAAUACAUCCUGGAGGAAUCGAUCUUUGGCGACUACGCCCUGGUCAAGGUCCACAAGGCCGACAAGCUCGGCAACUGCCAGUUCCGCAAGUCUAUGAACAACUUCAACGAGGCCAUGGCCAAGAACGCCAAGUUCACCAUCGUCGAGGCCGACCACAUCGUCGAAGUGGGUGAGCUCGACCCGGAGAGCAUCCACGUCCAGGGCAUCUACGUCAACAAGGUCAUCCAGAGCACCGGCGAGAAGAAGAUCGAGAAGCUCACCUUCGCCAAGGACCCCAGCGAGAUGCUCCAGGCUGGUUCCGGUGAGGCCACCAUCCGCCGUGAACGUAUCGUCAAGCGCGCCGCCAAGGAAUUCAAGGACGGCAUGUACGUCAACCUCGGUAUCGGUAUGCCCCUGAUCGCUCCCUCCUACGUCUCCGAGGGCGUGGAGGUCGUCCUCCAGGCCGAGAACGGUAUCCUGGGUCUGGGCGGCUACCCCAAGCCUGGCGAGGAGGACGCCGACCUGAUCAACCCCGGCAAGGAGACCGUGACUCUGGGUCGCGGUGCUUCGGUUUUCGGUUCCCACGAGAGUUUCGGUAUGAUCCGCUCCGGUCUUAUUGACCUGACCAUGCUCGGUGCGCUGCAGGUCAGCCAGUACGGAGAUCUGGCCAACUUCAUGCUUCCCGGUAAGGUCAAGGGUAUGGGCGGAGCCAUGGACCUGGUUUCCAACCCGGAGAAGACCAAGGUCGUUGUUACUAUGGAACACACCGACAAGAAGGGCAACCCCAAGAUCCUCCCCGAAUGCACCUUCCCCCUGACCGGCCCCAAGUGCGUGUGGAAGAUCAUCACCGAUCUGGCCGUCUUCGAGGUCAGCCCCACCGAGGGUCUGACCCUGGUCGAGCACGCCGAGGGCGUCUCCGUCGACGAGAUCCGCAGCAAGACGGCCGCGCCGUUCAAGGUCGCUGAGGAUCUGAAGCCCAUGCUGUAAAUGUAAUUGUAUUCUUGCAUUGAAUUGCAUCGCAUUAGAUGAGUUGAUUAAGGUAUACCUAGAUUGGAUUGGAUAGGGUUGGAUUGGGUUUUGUAUAUAACGUGGAAUGAC